CUUCUUCAAACUGGUCGCAGUCGUCUUUGACUUUGAAACAUGGUUGCGUUUGGGGAGGCAGCGUAGUCCACAGGUCUGCGACGUUCGUCUUUCGAGCUUCAUCGUAUAUUUGUCCAAAGAGCUGUCGUGCUCAGGUUUGACCGGACAUGUCAGAUCAAGGGAAGGCCAGUCCCGGGGAAAAGGGUUUCAGGACCCCCGGGCUGAGGGGCGCACAGACCACCACGCUGUUCCGAGCUGUCAACCCUGAACUCUUCAUCAAACCGAAUAAACCAGUGAUGGCGUUUGGACUGGUGACCAUCACCCUGUGUGUGGGCUACCUGGGCUACCUGCAUGCAAUGAAAGAAAACGACCAGCAGCUAUAUGAGGCCAUCGACAGCGAGGGAGAGAGAUCCAUGAGGAGGAAGACUUCCAAAUGGGACUGAUGGCACAACAUAUUCUGGAACACUGAGUGUGUGUGUUUGUCUUGUAAGGACAGAGUGGAUUAAAACCUGUCUGGACUGAAACAAGGA